AUGGCUUGCAGCAUGGGAAAUGAAGAAGCUCAAGAACUGGCGCAAAUAUCAACCACUGGUGAAAGACACUUCCAUUGUUGCUGUUGUUAUAAUUCACAGUAUGGAAUAAAGCUCAGAAGCACACAGGUGGUUAAUGCCACAGCCAUUGAAGGCCAAAACAGCAUUGAGACCAAUCAGGAACCAGUAGAACACACUAGUAGCGAAGGGCAGCAGGUCGUGAAGGAAGGUAGCCAUAAUACCUCUGAAGUUUGCCCAGGCACUUUCUCAAUCACCUCAAGGACCUCAGGAACAUUGGAGCAAAUCCCGAACAUAGAAAUACCCUUCGAGCGAGUAGUGCAAACGAUGGUGGUGUUGCUGCUCCCAGGCAUAAGCAUGUUGGUGUCGCGGCGGAAGCAAUCCGUCGAACACCUGGUGGACAGGGCGACGGUAGGGUUGUCCUCUGCACCUGGCGAGUUUAGUUUGGGGAUGGGUGUCGAAGCUAUAGUCAGAGCACUUGGUGUCGGCCUGGAGGUCGGUGCAGCGGUGGGCUCGGUCGGUGAAGUGGUAGGAGCCAUGUACGCCGGUGAGGCAGAUGAUGCCGCGGCGUGCUCGCUGCAGGCGGAGAACAGGACUGAGCAGUUGUCGAUGACAUCGGGCGGCGUGGUGGUGGUCGAAGAGAACUGUGGCGCACCUAUCAUGAUGUGCGACGCCACAACAUGCUUGUUGCAAGCGGUGGGAGUGACCACGCACUCAUCGAUGGCACUGGGUGUUGUGGCGGCGAUGGGUGUAGGCGCUGCAGUCAAUGCUGGGGUGGAUGGUGGUGUCGCAACUGCCGGCACAGCAGUCGGAGUCGAGGGCGCCGGUGAAGUGGGCGAAGACGAGGGCGCGGACGACCGUAUCGCAGAUGCGAGGGUCUUGAGGGUGCUACACAUCCCCGCGUUCACUUCCUCCAUCAUCCGCAGCAUGCGAUCCAUCUUCGCCUCGAGCUCGGCGAUGGUGGCGACGGACAGUGUAGAUCCGGGUCAGGCCAUACUUCCUCGAUCGAUGGCUCUGGUACCAAAUGUCACGAUCCUUGAGGUAACUACCGGCGUACAUGCACGGCGGGGAGAGAUCGGCGGCGCCGUCUCUGGAGAAGAACGGAGAAGAGAGAAAUAG